GUUUCUGAGGCAAUACAGAAAUCAACAGAAUCAAAUCAAGCUGAUACAGAGGACGAGACUGCGAGUGAAUCUGGAAAACACACCGUGCCAGUAUCAGCAGUACUGAGUGAAAUUAAUGAGAGGAAAAACAGAGAAUGUAACAUGAUCAUCUAUGGGAUAGAGGAAAGUGACUCAGACAAUAAGGAAGUACGUCGUUCCUAUGACAGAGAUCAGGUGAAAGGAAUUGCUGAUGUUUGUGAAGUGAACAUCGCAGAUGAAAACAUGGUAAAGUUAGUGAGACUUGGUAAAUUUAAUAAGGAUAAGAAACGCCGUCCAUUGCUCGUUACCUUCUCAACCCCAGAAAAAAAAGUGGAGUUCUUUAAACGAGGUGGAAAGUUGCGGGAAAACAUUGAAUUCAGUGAAGUACGACUUGCAAAUGAUUUGACACGCACAGAGAGGGAAAAUGAAAAGAAACUGUAUAUGAAAGCCAAGGAAUUGAAUAAAAAUGAUUCGGGGGAAUUCAAGUACCGUGUGCGCGGUCCACCUUGGGCAAGGAAAGUGGUAAAGCUCAGGAUGAUUGAAGGAGUGCAGAGAAGAGCUACCAAGCAGAUUCCAGGAUUGGCAAAAUUAAGCUAUGAAGAAAGGUUGAAGAAACUAAAACUACCAACGCUGAAGUACAGGCGCCCCCGAGGAGAUAUGAUUGAAGUGUACAAAAUAACAAGGGGAAAGUAUGACCCAUUAGCAGCAGACUUUAUCAAGUUAAGGAGAGACCACGUUACUAGGGAACAAGGAAGAGGGAAUUCCAAGAAGCUGUUUGUACAGAGACCGAGACUCAAUAUAAGAAAAUUCAGCUUCAGUGUUAGAACUGUCAGUCUAUGGAAUAGCUUACCAGAGGAUGUUGUAAGUGCUAAAACUCUGAAUACUUUCAAGAAUAGACUAGACAACUUCUGGAAGGACCAGGAUGUGCUCUAUAAUUACAAAGUAGAUUUUAAAACCGAUUACACCGGUAGUCACCCAAGUAGUCACCCAAGUAGUCACAAAGCAAGUUUGGAGUCCGACGAAGAGGACCUUGACAGGACCUGUGUUGGAAAAAUACCAUAA